CCUCCCGCGGCGGCGCCCCGCCCUCCCCGGGGCCUCCCGGAGCCUCCCCGGCGGCAGAUGGGCCCGGGCCGCCCCCCCCGCUCGCGGCUGCGGCCGGUCCGGUCACGGGGGCUCCGGGAGCACAGCCGGGCAGCGGGGCAUGCACCCGGGCCGGGCCGGCGGUUCCCGCAGCACAGCGGCAGCCCGGGGCCGGCCCGGGCUCAGGGACCCAGCCGGGGGUCGUGCCGGGCAGCGCAGAGCAAGCUGCGGCGGUGAAACCCCCGUGCCCUUCGCCGCUGCCCUUGCAGGGGUCACAGCUCUGCCUCGGGAACUCCCGCCCGUUCAGCGGCGCGGAUGGGACAUGUUCGGACCUGUCCCGGGGCUGGGCAUCACACGGGUUUGCCUUUAGAGUGGGCUGUCUGCCCAGGAGACUGUCACUGGGCGGCUUCUGUGCCCUCAUAUAUGUGUGUGUAUAUGUAUAUAUAAAAAUAAAUAUGUGUUCUUGGUGUGCAGGGCCAGGAGUUAGACUUUCAUGAUCCCAUCAGGUCCCCUCCAACUUAGGCUAUUCUGUGAGAUAUAUAUAUAUAUUUAUUUACAGUGUGUAUCUGACUAUCUGCUUCUGGAGCUGGAGCCCUCAGUCAUUCCCGGUGUGUUCCCAGUGAGGAGGAGCUGCCCGUGAGCUCCGGGGGGAGGAGCUCCAUCCUGCCAUUGAUGGAUCCCCGAUCUUUAAAAUUUAACUUGGCUGCUCUGUGUUUAAUGAAGGGAAUGAGAUAAUCCCUUGGAGGAUGACGAGCCAGCACGUGGAAAAUCUGGUCUGUAACUUUGGUCACGGCUGGUGCAGAGCAUUAGGAUUACAGUGCUGCUGAUAUUUUAAUUAAACAAGACAGGCUUGAUCCGGGGGGCUGGGAUGAGGCAUUCCCAAGUAGAGGUUUGCCUGUGCUUGAUUAUUGGCCGUGGCAUUAAGGAAAGCAGAGAACUCCUGGCAAAUACAGUGUCCUGGCAUCCUGUGCUGGAUAUUGAAACACUUCCUGGAGAAGGAAACGUGGGAGCUGCUCUCUGACAGGCCCACAGGCAUUUGGGGCAGAAAUGAAGCAUCCAGUGCAAAACUGAAAUGAGACCCGUGACAGACACCAGCAUCUUCAGGAAGAAAAUUUACCUUCUUUUAUUCUGGCAGGCUGUGAGAAGCUGUUAGUGAACGGGCAAAGGAUGGAGCUGAAACGGCAGCAGUAACCACAGCAGCUGUUCCAGGGAGUCUGGGACUAAAUUCUAUCAGCAUUCCUUGGAAAACUGAGGGAGCCUGAGGGGCUUCGUUGCUUUAAGCUUUGAAAAUUAAAGUUCCAGGCUGUGUUUUCUUUCCCUGAUGUAGCAGGUACUUGCUCAGUCAUGACAUGAAUCAAAGACCUUGUUACAGUAACAGUAAGAAUUCCUCCCUGGUUGAUCCUGUGAGAGGCAGCGUGAGGGAAGGGGAGGUGAUGGAGCUGAUGUUUUAUUUCAGUUCAUGUGUGUAGGGAAAGGGCCGACGAACCAGCAGCAGUAACAGGGUGGAGGCGCUGGGAAAUCUGCCGGUGGUUCCCAAAAUAUAUGAGGAAUAUGUUUGAGUAUAGAAAUUCUUUAUGGAAGAAUUAACCCCUGUGAGGGUUGUGAGGCUGCCCCAUGCCCAGGAGUGUUCAAGGCCGGCUUGGAGAGGGUGGAACUGGGUGGGCUCUAAGGUCCCUCCCAACCCAAACCAUUCCAUGAUUCUGCAAAAAUAGGAGCAGAGGAAGGGAUACAAGGAAUGGUAUGUAGUGGGAGAAGGAGAUAGCUUCACUUAUCUCUGUUGAAUUCUUGAAAUGAAGUUUGGUUUUACACCCAAAUGUUGUAUUUUGGGAAGUUCUUUAGCAGUGACACUCCCCCAUAGGCAGGUGUCUGUAGCCUGGGACACGCAGACUCCAAGAGGAGGAGGAACAGGUUCAGAGCUCCAGUUUGAGGCACUGAAGAUCAGGACAGAACUGAGAUGCUUUCUGCCCCUCAGUCAGGGUAGAUGUGCUUGACCUGACCCCUCUGGUUCCUUCCUGAGCGCUGUGAAGGAGGUGAAGCAGCCUGUGGGAUCCUGCCCUGGGGGCAGCAGAUGCUUUGCUGUGCCCCUGUGAGAGGACCCAGAUCGUGCAGCCUGGGACAAUGACGAGCUGUCUCUCCCUGUCCCCAGGUGGUGUGAGCCAUGGAGCAGUACACGGCCAACAGCAGCAGCUCCACGGAGCAGAUCGUGGUGCAGGCCGGGCAGAUCCAGCAGCAGCAGCAGGGAGGUGUCACUGCUGUCCAGCUGCAGACUGAGGCCCAGGUGGCAUCGGCCUCAGGCCAGCAAGUCCAGACCCUGCAGGUGCAGGGGCAGCCGCUGAUGGUCCAGGUGAGCGGCGGGCAGCUCAUCACCUCCACCGGGCAGCCCAUCAUGGUGCAGGCCGUGCCCGGCGGGCAGGGCCAGACCAUCAUGCAGGUGCCGGUGUCGGGCACGCAGGGGCUGCAGCAGAUUCAGUUGGUCCAGCCAGGUCAGAUUCAGAUUCAAGGUGGGCAGGCUGUGCAGGUACAGGGGCAGCAGGGCCAGACCCAGCAGAUCAUUAUACAGCAGCCCCAGACUGCAGUUACUGCUGGCCAGACACAGACCCAACAACAAAUAGCAGUGCAAGGCCAGCAGGUCGCCCAGGCUGCUGAGGGCCAGACCAUCGUGUACCAGCCCGUGAACGCCGACGGCACCAUCCUGCAGCAAGUUACAGUCCCUGUUACAGGCAUGAUCACCAUUCCAGCAGCCAGCCUGGCUGGAGCACAGAUUGUCCAGACGGGAGCCAACACCAACACCACCAGCAGUGGCCAAGGGACGGUCACAGUGACACUGCCAGUGGCUGGAAACGUCGUCAAUUCGGGGGGAAUGGUCAUGAUGGUGCCUGGAGCUGGGUCAGUCCCAGCCAUCCAGAGAAUCCCCCUGCCUGGGGCAGAGAUGCUGGAGGAGGAGCCCCUCUAUGUGAAUGCCAAGCAGUACCACCGCAUCCUCAAGAGGAGGCAGGCACGGGCUAAGCUGGAAGCAGAGGGAAAAAUUCCCAAGGAAAGAAGGAAAUACCUGCACGAGUCACGGCACCGGCACGCCAUGGCCAGGAAACGGGGAGAGGGGGGACGCUUCUUCUCCCCCAAGGAGAAGGACAGCCCUCACAUGCAGGAUCCCACUCAGACCAACGAAGAAGCGAUGACACAGAUGAUCAGAGUCUCCUAACCACUGCUGCCAGGAGAAAACACCUGGAUGGAAUUCCCGGCCCUCCUGCCAGUGUGUCCUGCCUGUCCAGUGUGUCCAACGAGUCUCAGAGUGGGACAAUCACCGUGUCACAGCCUGUCCUUUUCUACAGAACAAGCACCACGUGUUCAGGGCGUGGUGGAGAUUUUAACUCAGCAAACAAACUUCCAGACUGCCUUGGUGCACUCUCCUGAUCCAGCACAAGGAAUUUGGAGUCUGAGUGCUCGUCAGCUGCACCACAGGAUUGUGUUUGCCCAGCAGGGACGUAUUUCCAUCCACUCCUCACACCUUCGGACUUCGUUUCCCUGAACUGGUCCUUGUUGUUGCACUUCUGGACCUGGCAGAAACUGAAGGGGAUUCUUUUCAACUCCACUUUGUAAAUGUGUAAACAGCAAGCUCUUCUUGGGGAAAGGUUCAGCCAUCAGUCAGUGAUAGAAAUACUCAAGAUUACUGCAGGACUUGGUGUAUUGUGUGUCUGUUCCAAGAACUAAGGUGGGAGAGGGUGAUGUGGGGAGAAGGAUUUCAUUAGUAAAAGCAGUCUCUGGGGGGGGUUGUGUGUUUAUUGCCAGUAGUUACUGCUUUGGAAGAAAACUGGAUGCGAGUAUAAAAGUGAUUUAAACUUUUAAGUGAGUCUCUUCCAAAGGAUUUUUUGUUUUAAAUCUUCCUUCUAACUUGCCAGUCGAGUGCAGGGUUCUUCCAGAAGACUUGAUCAGCUUCAUGAUGGUAUUUUUGAUGCCCAAAUCAACUCUACAAUUCUACAGAGGGAGGGAUGUUCCAUUACAGCAGCAGCUGGGGCAGCUCAUCCCGUCCUGAGGUACCUGAAGGACUGUUAACAAAUGGAGGCAGAUACUGAAGAACCUUUCAGGCUUUAUUAUAGGUUAUUCUCUUUAAAACAAAAAAAGAAAAAAAAUGAAAGAGGAGAACUUAGUUUUAAAAAAAGGGACUUCUCCAUGACCUACAGCUGGCUUUGGGCUGAGCAACUCCACAAAACAGAUUUAUCUUUCAUUCAGUAGCUCAUUCCAGAUUCUCAGCCUGCUCCAUUCUUACUGCUUUGAAAUUUGGUGGUGGGAGCAGUAGCCAAAAGCAGUUAACAGGUGAUCUCACAUCAUUCCAUGCCUGUCCACUCCCACCUUAAUGAGUUUAAAGCUGCUCUGUGUAUCAUGUGCCUGCUGGAGUCAGUUUUUCUGUUCUGUAGUUAAAACUGGAUCACAGCAGUGAAACUUGGGAUUGGGAAUAUUGCCAGGUGAAUAUGACCCUGAAAAGGUGAAGCUGCAGAGUGAGGGGUUUUGGGGUUUUUGAGCAAAGCAGCCAAGGAUGGCUGAGACUGGGUGAAAUUCAGUGAAGAUUGUUUUCAAGUGACAGAGGAAGUAAAUGGAGCUUGAAAAAUAAAACCCGCAUUAUUUCUUCCCCCUCCCUGCCCAUGUUUUCCCAUUUACUGGAAGCUUAUGGCUAAAGGCAGAGUGGAGGACAAAUCAGCAAGUUGUGCAUACAAAAGACAGAACCUUGAAAAUUCUGUUUACUUCAUAUGAAACAAAGGUACUAAAGCUAAGAGUGUGAGAAGGGAGGGAGUGCAAGAGGAGGGAGCAGAAAGGUGAAGAGAUGCUGGGUUCUACAUUGUCUGCAGGCAAUCCUGGAGGAAGGGGAUGCUUGUCCAGGUACUAGGGAUGAUACCUGUGGAGGCAGGUGGCCAGUGGAAGGACGAGGAGGAAAUGCAGGUGGGUGUUCAUAACUGGGCAGCUGGAUGUUCUAAAGGAUUCCAGUUCAUUUUCCUGAAUCCUUAGCUCCGUGUCUGUACCCUGCCCACGGUGCUGAUGGCAUUGUCGGGGCCCUGGGUUGCUUCUGCCUUAAAUUCCUGCCCAAUUCCAGCGUGGUGCUGAUUUUCCUCAGUUGGCACCUGAAACCCUCACGCAGCAUUUCCUGGGAGCUCCCCAUUUCAGGAACAUGCAGCUCUCUUAGGGAAUAACAUUUGCUUUAGUUGGGUUUGCAGCAGCAUUGUAAAUAUUAUUUUUAGAGCAUCUGUACAUUUGUUGGUGGAAUAUUUUAGUGCUGGAGCAAGAGCCUCUCCACGAUGCUUCUGCUUUUUAGCUGAUGGUUAAUCUGUCCUGAGGGAGCCCCUCUGAGAGCUGGAAAUUUGGGAAGCAAGGUUAUUGCUCUGACAUAGUUUUUAUUUUGCUCUUUUUUGUUUGUUUGUUUGUUUGUUUUUUUAUGAGUAAUUUUCUUAAAGAACUUGUAAGCUUCUUCUAAAGAGGUAGAACUUGUUUCCCAAUAAGCCCUUCAUAUCUAGGUUCUCUGAUCCGUUGUUGUAGAAUGUAUAUGAAGACAUGAUUUGUGUUAUAGAAGGUCUUAUUGUUGAUGCUUUAAAUAGUGAUGUGACAGCCUGAGUGCUCCGGUCAGAUUGUUUUGUUUUGAGUUUUGUGUAUCACUGCUGGAAGUCCUGUUUACUUGGUGAGGCUGGAGUCACCAGUCAACACCACGGUACCAAAAAUGUCUGCUUUCUUUUCCGGGGGAAAUUUGUGAAAUUGGAGACAUCGUCCAGUUCAAACCUCUCUAGAAAUUAAAUGAGAAUUCUUUGUUUAUUGGCUACACUUGAGCAGAAACUUUAGGGGAGAGUAAAAGGAUGAGGAUAAAAGAGGCUCGGGGAGAAAUGUGGUUGAUCGACCCAGAGCACUGAAGCAGCGAACCCCUCAAAAAACCAGAUUUAUAUGAGUGUAAAGAGUGGGAUUUGGGAAAAAAAUGGUUCUCAAGUGAUGCUAGAUGGGUUUAAGGCCCUGCAUGUUAAAAAGAAGGGAAAAAUAAACUUUUCUUUGUGAAUGGAUGGGGAGGGUCCUGAGGUUAAAGUAAUGUCAGGCAAAGUUUGUAUAUAGUUAAAAGUUUAUAAUUUUUUUUAUAUGAUGCAUUUUUUCAAGUGUAUUUUGGUCUUUAAUAGAUGCAAUUGUAAGUACUGUGUACACUCUCCAGCUAAUAAAAUUUAUAAACCGGGAA